AUGCCCAUGAUCUUUCGGAAACCCCAGCCUAAAACCGUUGCCGUCGAUUUGGACCAAACAUUGGCUCACACUCUUGAAGCAAUGAUCGAUUGGCAUAAUCAAGUCUACAACACUUGUCUCACCAUGGCUGAUUUUGACACUCACGACUAUAGUCGAGUUUGGGGUGGAUCUCAUGAAGAAGCUUGCUUAAAGGUGCGAGAGUUUUAUGACAGCCCUCAUUUCGAACGCAUUCAACCCAUACAUGACUUUGCCCUCGAGACCCUCAAGAUUCUAAAGAAGCGCAAAUUCACUUUGGUCAUCAUUACCUCUCGACAGCAGUUCAUUGCGGAAGAGACGAAAAAGUUUGUCGACAAGCAUUAUCCAGGCAUCUUUGAGAGUAUCUACUUUUGUAAUCUUGGCCUGUCGGAUGCUGAACAACUUGAGUAUGUUUCUAAGCCAAAGUCGGCUAUCUGUCAGGAGAUCGGCGUCGACGUGCUUAUUGAUGACGGCCUUGAUCAUGCAAUUGAUUGUGCAACAUCACUCGACAUUGAAGUGCUGCUUUAUGAUCGCAAGAAUCAGUAUCGUUGGAAUCAUUUGAACAACAAAACAUCCUCAACUUCCAAUAAUGUCAACAACAACAACAAUAACAGGCCCGUUUCCUUGACAGCCAUGUCCCGCCAAUUGUACCAAAAUUACAACAACAGCUACAACAGCAAUAGUCUACCAUCCAAUAUCACCCGUGUAUCCAGCUGGAAACAAAUUAUGGAUUACUUUCCCAAACCUCACAGCCCAUUGCGUAAUUGUCACUAUCCUCAAGAUCUCAUGGAUGAUGAUGAUGAUGAUGAUGAUGACACCUAUGAGGAUGGCCCUAGUUGCGAAUAUGAGACCAUUGAAGUGGAUGGAAUGACCGACGACGAAGAUGAAUACCGAAGUACUGGGUCAAGCACUGAAGCCGAGGAUUAA